CUUGUAUUUAAUGUCGCGUAUACGUUGAUGGUAGAGGAUAUCUUAUUGUAGUCUUUAUAUCCACGCCCAAGUCAAAUAGCUAUGGAAGGCAAUACAACAGCAAACCUUUCCCUUCUUCAUUGACGGGAAGUAUUCUACGUGGGUGGCCAAUAUGUACCAGAUGAUGCCGGAAACCAUACGCGGCAAGGACAAAUGUAUGUCGAAAGACUUAUCCCCGCGGAGUCAGAUAGUAGUCCAAGCAGACCUUUUCCUAUAGUUUUUAUCCACGGCGCAACAAGGUCUGGCGCGGACUGGCUCACAAAGCCCGACGGACAACCAGGCUGGGCCUCGUACUUCCUAUCCCAAGGCUUCGAGUGCUACCUUGUCGACCUGCCCUUCUGCGGCAGGAGCCCCUGGCAUCCCGGCAACGGACCCAUGAUCACCUACCCAGCCGAGACCAUCCAGACCAUGUUCACCGCAUGCAGGGACUUCGGGACAUGGCCCCAAGCCAAGCUUCACACGCAAUGGCCCGGCACCGGCCGCAUCGGCGAUCCCAUCUUCGACCAAUUCUUCGCCUCGGCGCAGCAGUUUCCAAGCGACGCCGCGACGCAGGAAACGACGUCGCAGGCAGCCUGCGCCGCGCUCCUGGACCGCAUCGGCAAGCCUGCCAUUCUCGUCGGACACUCGGCCGGGGCCCCAACCCUCUGGCUGGCCGCGGACGUGCGCCCGGCCGCCGUCGAGAUGAUCGUCGCGCUCGACCCCGCCCGCCCGCCGUUCUGCAAGGUCGGCUUGAAACCCGGCGCCAGCGCGCCCUACGGCAUCGCCAACGCACCGUUGACCUACGUGCCGCCCGUCGCCGAUCCAGAUGCCGACUUCGCCAAGAUGAUCGUCCCGGCGCCGGGGCCGGAUCUGAUGGACUGCAUGGGGCAGGCGGAGGGGGAGGGGGAGGGGAGACCUCGGCAACUGGUCAAUCUGGUGCGCGUGAGGGUGCUUGUUGUCACGGCGCAGGCGUCGUAUCAUGCGCAGUACGACUGGGGGUCGUGCGGUACUUGCGGCAGGCGGGAGUUAGGGGGACGGAGUACUUGAGGCUGGAGGAGAAGGGAAUCUGUGGGAAUGGCCAUAUGAUGUUUAUGGAGAGGAAUAGCGAUGUAGUAGCUGCGGAGGUGGUGAGGUGGAUUGAGAAGGGCCAGGAGGUGGUGUAAGGGACAUCAGUGUUGGUGUUGUUUUCUGCCCGGGGCUUAGUUCGUAUUACGCAGUGCGAAUUGUACACUUGAUGAGCUCGGGAGGGGGUUAUGGUCUAGUCAGGAAUAGUUCGGCGUGUCGUGAUUUCUGGAGUUCCUUUUUUUCCCUACUAGCUUGUUGAUAGGGGGCCAUGAAAUAGGGGUAGCGUGUGUUUUCCCAACCGUUAAACGAGGAGGCAAAAUAUGUAGUGAU